CACUUGCUUAUGCAAUAUGAAUCCAUCCCUGAGACUUUACCGGCGUAUUCUCAAGCUACAUAAGAACCUUCCUCUUAUCCCCAAAGCUUUAGGAGACCAGUAUUUAAGGGAUGAAUUUCGGAGACAUAAAAAUGCUACUCAAGAACAGAUCACAGAGUUCAUUCAAGAAUGGAAAAUGUAUGCUGAUUUGUUAGAGAGACAACAGGAAGAAGGGAAGGGUUUUGGAGGCCAAUUAUCAGAAGAACAGUUAACCAGUGUAAAUGAGGAACAAUUACGACAACUUUAUGAACUGCAUCAUGAAAUAACCACUCCGUCAGACAACUCAAAUUCAACAGGAAGGAGCUAGCAACACAUUUGUUCCUUACUUAACAUGUUGGAGAGUCCACCCUUCUGUGUUACGGUUAAAGGUUAUUUCAUUAAGUUUGUCAUAAGUGGUAUGUCUUAAUGCCUUCAUGGCUUUAUUCUUGUCCAGGAGUCUCAAGGUCCUUGAGGCCAAAGGUUCGAUGACAUGAAAGAAAGGUGCGGUUAAAAUUAGAAUGCACUAGAACUAAAUGUCAGUACUUGUCAAAGAUUCAAUAAAACAAUUUUCAAAAGGACUAGAAUCUGAAACACCAAAUUUAUUUUCUUGGCAUACGUUUUGUACUUAUCAUCUUCAUAAUUUACUAGCCACAUAAAUAUUGAUAUUUACACCAACUGUAAUUCUGUUAUUACAUUUGUAGUCCUGUCAUGGAACAGGCAAUCUCUUAACAGUGUUUUUACCUCAGCUGGCCCGCUCUUGCUUGGAAUUAUUGAUGUGGACAAUGAAAAUCAGUUGAUGACUUUGUCUUGUAAAAUUAUACAAAUAAGGCUGAAAUAAGGCUCAUGUAAAUAUGAAUUACAUGUAUGAUAUCAGAAAUAAAACACUUGCGGCAGAUUGUAAA